AUGAACAUGUUAUCGGUAUCAGCUUCGUGCAAGCCCCUAGUGAUAAAUUUGGAAGCGAGGAAGUCCUUGUCGUUGUUCCACCACCGGAACCGGAAGGAGAAGGCGGUGGUGAUCAUGGGGGCGACGGGGACGGGGAAGUCGAAGCUGGCAAUAGACGUGGCCACACAAUUGCCACCAGCAGAGAUAGUGAAUUCGGACAAAAUGCAAGUGUACGAGGGUCUUGACAUCACCACCAACAAAGUUACCGAGGAAGAGUGUCGCGGGGUCCCACACCAUCUCUUAGGCACGGUCCAUCCUCACUCCAAUUUCAGUGCCAACGACUUUUGUCACCACGCCACUCUGGCCAUUGGUUCAAUCUCGAAGAGGGACGCUUUACCCAUCAUUGCGGGUGGGUCCAACUCCUUCAUUGAGGCGUUGGUCAACCACCACCCUGAGUUUGGGUUCAGGUACCAGUGCUGCUUCCUCUGGGUCGAUGUCUCCCUCCCAGUUCUCCAUUCAUCUCUUUCCGCACGUGUCGACCGCAUGAUUCAGGGUGGCCAGGUGGACGAGGUUCGUCCCUUUUUCGACCCAUCCGAUGAAGACUACACUAGAGGGAUACGAAAAGCCAUUGGGGUCCCUGAAUUUCAUCACUUUUUUCAAGCCGAAGCCGAUCAAGCCGAUGACGGGACCAAGAAGAGGCUCCUCGAGGCUGCCAUUCGUGCCAUCAAAGCCAACAACUGCAAGCUUGCCACCCGACAGCUCCAGAAGAUUCAUCGCCUUCACUCCUUGUGGAAAUGGAAUAUGCACCGCCUUGACGCCACCGAGGUCUUCCUCAAGAGUACUCCCGAGGAGGCAGAGGAGGCUUGGGAGAAUCACGUUAUGGCCAAGACCCGUAGGAUCCUUCACAAGUUUCUCUAUGAGGAUACGCAUGUUCACGCCGGUAUUACUUCCGUUGUUUCUUCGCCGCCGCCAGCCAUGGCCGCCGCCACCCAUUAG